CCCUACCUCCCCCCCUGGAUCCGCCAGUGAAUUGGGGCCAUUGUGUUUAGCCCUUUCAGGCCCCUUAAAGUUCGUCCCUUACUGGCCUCCACUAGGGCUUUAUCUUUGCCCCCUAAUUGUGCCCAGAAUCGCUCUUUAAGGGCCCCCAUUUGAGCGACGAUCAACCCCUGAAGGCCCCUCAUUGUUUUCCCCUGUUACUGGCCCCAUGUCUGUUUAUCAGGAAUUCAUCUGGGCCAACUUACUGAGCCCAGGCUCACCUUUAAGGGCACCCUUUCGGGCCAACAUUAAUCCCUAAAUGGGUCACAUGUGUUUAGCCUUUUCAGACCCCUCAAUGUUCGCCCCUCUUACUGUCCCCACUUCAGUUUUAUCAGGACUUUAAUGUUUGCCCCUCUUACUGGCCCCUCAUGGGUUUUACCCGGAAUUUAUCUGGGCCCCCUAACUGAGCUACUAAGCCCAGACUUACCAUUUAGGACCCCUGUUGUUUGGGCCAAUUUUCACCCCCCAAAUGCAGCCCAUGAGUUGUAGCCUUUUCAGGCUUCGCAAUAUUUGCCCCAUUACUGGCCCUAUGAGGGUUUCAUCUUGGUCCUUCGACCCCAAGUUCACCCCUACUGGCACCCUUUUGGACCAACAUUAAUCCCUAAAUGCGUCACAUGUGUUUAGCCCUUUCAGACCCUUCAAUGUUUGCCCGUCUCACUGUCCCCACUUCGGUUUUAUCAGGGCUUCAUUGGGCCCCCUAUGAGCACAGACUCACCAUUUAGUACCCCUGUUGUUUGGGCCAGUUUUCAUCCCCCAAAUGGAGCCCAUGAGUUAUAGCACUUUUAGGCUUCUCAAUGUUUGCCCCCUUACUGUCCCUAAAAGGGUUUCAUCUGGGCCCCCUGAGCCCAAGCUCACUCCUAAGGGCCUGCUUGGGUCAAUGUAUGCCUUCGAUUAGGGCCAUUGUGUUUAGCCCUUUGAGGCCCCUUGAAGUUUGCUUACUGGCCUCCACUAGGGCUCCAUCUGGGCCCCAUGAUAGUGCCCACAAUUGCCCUUUAAUGACCCCCCCAUUUGAACAACGAUGAUCCCCCAAAAUGGGGGCCAUGUUUUUAGCCCUUUCAGGCCCCUCAAUGUUCGACGCUCUUACUUGGUUUUAUCUGGAAUUCAUCCGACCCCCCUAUCUGAGCUAAGGCUCACCUUUUAGGGCACCCUUUUAAGCCAACAUUAAUCGCUAAAUGGUUCCCAUGUGUUUAGCCCUUUAGAACCCUGAAUGUUCGCCCUUCUUACUGGCCCCGCAUGGGUUUUAUCCUGAAUUCAUCUGGGACCCUAUUUUAGCCCCAAAUCACCCUUAAGGACCCCUAUUUGUUUGGGCCAAUUUUCAUCCCCCAAAUAGAGCCCAUGAGUUACAGCUCUUUCAGCUUUCUCAAUCUGUGCCCCCUUAAUGGUCAGGCCCACUGUCUGAGCCCAAGCUCACCCCUAUGGGCACCUGUUUAGGUCAAUGUUCGUUCCCCAGAUGGGGCCCAUAAAUUAAGCACUUUCAGGCCCCUCAAUGAUCACCCCUUUUACUGGCCCCACAUGGGUUUCAUCAGUGCCCCUUAAUUGAGCCCAUGCUAACCCCUAACAGCUGAAUGGGGCACAUGUGUUUAGCCAUGUCAGACAUCUCCAAGUUUGCCCCUUACAUACAGUAUAGGGCAUAGAUCAAUAAAAAAAAUGUAUAGAUCUAUCAUAUAGUACCGGUAUUUGAUAUAGACUAGGUUUAGAUUUGGGUUUCUAUGUGACGUCACAAAGGUGUUUUAAUCUAUUGACUUAUUGUAUAAUAGGAGACCAUACAGCAAAGUUUACAUUCUCGUAAAAGAAAUAUAUCUUUGUCUAUGCAGUUAGAUCUAGGAUCUUGUAAGCAAAGAAAAAAUGCGUAUUAAAAGUAGAUUUACAUGCUUGACUAAUCACGGCAGUGUGUAUUUUCUCGCCAGACCACUCAACACACAACAAACACUAUCGCUUGGUUGUCUUGUCAUGACCGACUACACAUAGUCUCGUCUAGCCUUACACUGACCAGCUUGUUCGAAUCAUUCAGACACACGAUCUAUUUACUUCUUGGGAUAGGGAGAGGCUUAGAUGAAAAUGUUACUUUUUUUUUUCGAGUUGGUUAUCCUAAUGCUUUUGGAUCUAUCUAUACAUGUUUAUAUAUAUAACUGUAUCAUAGCUCUGGACUAGGCCAUCACUAAGCCUAACAGCCACUGUAAGAAUGAAGCGAUACGAUUGGUUAAAUCAAGUUUCUCUUUCAGUAUUGUUUAGGGAAGUGACUUAAAACAAAAUCUCGCAGAACCCCGUUUUUUAGGGGGCAUGAAGAAUUUUCUGUCUAAUUUAUUAAAUAUAAAAUUUUCUGAGCAUUUAAAUAAAAAAUGAUAUAAUGUUUACUAUUACAACUUUUUACGCAGAAUUUAAAUAAGUCAAUAACUAAAAUUUGAAAAACUUUCGGAGUUUCCCUUUAAUAAUAAACAUACCAGUACCAGUGUACCAUACACACGUUCACGUGCUAAUGAAAUAAUGCAUCAACAUAUAACAGAAAUAAGAAAAACAAAACACAAAGACAGAUCUAUAACAUUUUAUUAAGACAUAUUAAUUCUUAAGAGUAAAGACAAAAAAAAAUCAUUACAAAAAAAAAGUUAGAUCUAGAAAUAAUCUACAUUUGCUCUAUAAUUUGCACUAGAUCUAGUAAAUGUAUGGGUUGUUUAAAUAAAAUAGAUCUACAUUUUCAAACGGUAUCGAACUUUUUCAGAAUUAUAUUUUAUAGUUGGCAACAAAAGAGAACUCAUUUUAUUUUUUGGUUUGAGUGGUAUAUAUCUAAUUUAUCGGUAACCAACCAAGCCAAUCUGGCAACAGUUGCAGUUUGUAAAUAUUGAUGCUCAUUGCGGAAAUUGCCCAGUGAUCAGUGAGUUUGCUUUCAACAAUAUCACUGGCUGACAUGUUAAAAUUUUCAACUGUCACUAGCUAACUUCAAAAAAUCAAUACAAACAAAUUAUCGUAUAAAAACAGCGAAGGAAGCUGCCAUUAAAGUCUACUAAUGACUAAUGUGUACAAAUAAUAUUAAAUAAUCUGAUUGGCUCAUACAAACACUGGCUAGCAAAUCUUGUGGUUGAAAACAUCACGGCCGAUAUUUUGGCUGCUUCGUCUUUUUCGCCUAAUAGCCUUGGACCAAUAUAUCGGCUGUGUCAUCUUAAAUAGAUUAAAUCUAGCACUAGAAGGACUGAAAUGCUGUUUCAAUUAUGUUGAUGAUAUUAUAGUGGUAGGAAGAGGAAAAACGAAAGAAGAAGCACUCUGUUCUGUUUAAAAAAAUGUUUUUUGGAAAUCUUUCUCAAUGUGCUAUGAUCCUAUCACUUGUCUGAACCACUUGGGAAGGGUGUCUCUGGUUUUAAAAAAGCACACACAAAGAUGAGAAAAAAACAAGAUCAAGUAGUUACUUCAUUGUUAAGAAAGCAAACAGAUAAAGAUCUUGCUGGAAAAAGAUGUUCCAAUCUUGGAAAAUCAAAAAAAUCAACUAGUAGAAAUACAGCAUCUUUAGAUUCUGAAAUUGGAAAAAAUGCGUUAAAGAAUAUGAAAGUACAAAAAUGUUUAAAGUCCCCAUUAGAUGAUGAUGAUGUUGAGAAAAAAGCAGAGAUUUUAACACAGAUUCAAGUUAACGCUUCUAAGCACAUGAGUCCAAUAAACUGGCAAGAAGGGAACAUGAUGCUUGAUUCAGCUGUUUCUACACCUUUUAAUAGACGUUUAAUCUCAUCAACACCUGACCCUGAACGUUUAGCAGACGUUGAAGAGCCCAAUGUCAGCACUGAAAACAGUUUACUUCAGAUGAUUCCUGAAAAAGAUGUGGAUGCUAAGAAAUCCCCUAAGGCUGUUUUCUCUUGGACAACUAAUUUGUUUCAAAGAAUCAAGAAUCAGAGAGUGUUACAUGAACAACUAUCAAUUUUAAAUAAUCCAACCUCAUCUGAGCUAAAUAUAGGGACAGAGAAUUAUGACCAUGCUUCAUCAACUCUAUGUUUGAAAAAAGCUGAAAUGACUAAUGAAACUUCCAACCCAAGUGAAAGGAAACAGUCCCUGUUAGGUUCUAGAACAAGUUCUAAUCACAAUGUGCCAUUAACUUCAGAAAUAACUUUAACAUCCUUUAUCCCAAGUCCUGAACAGUUUUCAGAACUAACUACCCCUUCUACUUUAAAAAACACUUGUCUAAAUUCAGCUUUUAUUUCAUUGCCUUUGAAAUCACAUGCUUUAAUAGCAGAGGAAAUCAAAACACCAAAACAAACAAAAAGUUUGAAUGCAGUCAUUAGUCUGUCCUCUGAACUAACUGAUAAUGACAAAGUAAGCACUAUAUGCCUUAAUGAAAAAAAUGAUGUUUCUCAGCUAAACAGUAUCUCUAAUGUGAAACUUGAUUCAGGUAUUAUCAACUCUUUCACAGAGGAAACUUCUGCUGAUACUUGUGAUGUAGAAAUAAGUUGUUUAGAUAGUACUUUGAAUGAAAGGAAUGUAUCAAUACCCAAGAAAAGAGAUAUAGUUGCUCAUGACAAUAAUUCUUCAAAUGUGAGCCAAAUAAUUGAAUUCUUAAAAACCAAUCCACAAUGUGAAAAUAUAGAAAAACAGUUCAAAGAAAUCACUAAAAUGGAAAGCCUUGCUUCUGUGUCCAAAGAAGAAUUUGAAUUGUCUAGUUCCAAUGAUAAACUAGAUGACUUAAUGAGUCACUAUAUUACUAUUACUAAUGAUGGAAAAGGGGAUAGCAAUGAUGAGAAAGCUAAUGAAGCUUCUGUUACUCAAAUAUUUGUUACGCCAAGCACUAAUGUAAAUCAGAACUAUAAUAGUGACAGUGACAAUGAAGCUACUGGCUCAAGGCGUCGCCCCAAAAACCUUCAUUACUUGGAAAGUAUGGCAGAUCCAACUUUAAGAAAUAUUGCUUGUAGAUUAUCCUUUAAAGCCACUGCUUUACGAGAUAUUGAACUCAGGGACCUGAUUGAUGACAUGAUCUACUUUACUGAUGCAGCGCUUGGGAAAGAACAUAGCCAGAACCAGUCAGCAUGUUUCUUUCUUAGAGAAGAGAACUAUAACUUACAAAAACAAAUAGACAAAGUGAAGCAUCAGUUGGAGCUAUCUGAAACUCAAGAAAGUAAAUGUUCUCAGGCCUUACAAAAAACUUCUAACGAAGUGCUGCAUCUUGAAACAAAAUUGAGAUUUCUUUUAGAGGAGAAAGACAAACUUGAUAGCCAGGUGACUUCCUUAUUAGAGGAAAGAGCUAAGUGGCUAAGCAGCCAGCAAGAUUUGGUUAAAACAAUAAGUCUAAAGGAUAGAGAACUCUUGAAAUUGAAUGAAAAACAUCAUGAAGAGAAGAAAUCCUUCCACCAGUCACUUGAGCAAGUGUCCAAGAAAACCCUGGGUGUUCAUAAGAAGCUUUCUGGAGCUGAUAGAGAAAUAGAAAAACUGCAACAAAGAUUGAAAUGUAAAGAUCUAGAUAUUGAAGAUCAAAAGGCCAUUGUGAACAAAACUAACCAAAAACUGAAAGAUUGUGAAGCUAAUUCUUUAAAGAAAGAUCAGGAGAUUGUUCGUCUUCAGGAGCUUAUUGACUCCUUAAAGAUUGGUGUAGAUAAUGUGUUACAAGUCUUUGAAACCAGCUAUACAUCAUCAAUGGCUAGUCUAGCUCACAAACAAGGAAUAGAACAUCUUAGAAGGAUUAUACAGUCUAAUCAAUAUAGGUCAUCUGAUUCCUUGAAGAACAAGACUCAAGAUACAUUGGCUGAUCAUUCCCACUCCAGACGAAAAGUUUUUAAUAAAUCUACAACACCCAAAAAAGUGAAAGAGUUUGGACCUUCUAGUGGAAAAAGUAAAUCACAUUCUUCUCAUCACAGACCAAUGUUUGUACCCACCAGUAAUCAUCAAGGAGGCUACUCAAAACUAACUUCUCAAGCCAUAGAACAACAUAAUCAGCUUUUAUCUCCCUUAGAUGAACAUUUGAGGAAGAAAAGAGCAGGAGAAGAGAUCUACUUUUCAGACACUGAAAUUAAUCUUCACCACAAUUCUAUUCCAUUGCCAUCUUUGGAAAAGACUGACUACAGUGCUGACAUUCCGCAAGAAUCUAAAUCCUACAAAAGACAGCGAAGGAAAAGUGAGAGUGACAAAUACGAUAGACAUGUUCAAAUGAAAGGAAAAACUCAAGCAAUAAAUAGUGAUGAUGAUUUAGUGACAAUUCCAGUUGUUCAAUCUCUUGAAGAAAUCCAUGUGGCUAGUGAAUGUGACCUUGUUACGAAGCCAGUCUAUUCAUCAGAGGAAAGGGAACAAAACCCGUGGGGACAUAGACCACAUACACAUUCCUCAACUGUCACAAGACCACAUACACAUUCCUCAACUGUCACAAGACCACAUACACAUUCCUCAACUGGAACAAUACCAAAUACACAAAAACAUCAUGGCUAUGAUAGGGAAGAAUCAAAUGUGUCCACAUUGAGAUCAGAACCUAUACCGACUUGUCAUCUAGAUGGUUCUCACAAGAGAUCCUUCAGAAAUGCCACAUGCACUAGUGGACAGUACGAUAGUUUUUUAAAAAAUCAUUUCAGAAACAAUAUUGAAAGUAUGUUUUCAUCAACUGAGCCGAAACAUUCGACACCUACAUUUGAAAAUGUAUUGGAUAGAAAUCCAAGAUGUCCAACUGCUGACCUACAUCCAAGUUCUAUUCCAAAUGGUCAACCAUCUUUAAGGUCUUUUUUGUUAGCUCACAAUAGUACCAGGCAAGAGGAUGAGGUACACUCCAAGCUCUAUCAAAGAGAUGAUCAGAGCUAUUCACCUUACAGUCAUUAUCCUACAGUUCAGUUUGAUGAUGAAUCUACACUUAAACAUCCUGGUUUAUCUGAAGAGUCAAAUUUUUAUAAUGUGAGAUCAACACUACCAAAUCAUAGCUCACCCCUUCACACUUCUGACACCUCCUUUUCUAGAAGAGCGACUAGAGGAAAUGAUAGCCCAGUGCAGACAGAAUUCUUUGGAGGAACAGAUCUCUCCUUGUCAAUAAGUUCUAUCACGGAUUCAGAUUCCGUUUUUCAAACAUGUAACAAUAAUAGGGUCAAUCGAGAAGAUUCUUUUACAACAGGAAUUGCAUCUUUAGAUGAGAAAAUAGCCAAUUUACAAAAAAAAAUUAACAGAACUAAAGCAAUAUUUAUGAAAUGAUUUUAUGUAGAAUUCAUAUUCUUUUUGUUUGUUUGUUCAAAGUUUAAAUGUUAUUUAGCUUUCUGGCUAAAUUGACUUGUUUCAAAUGUAUUUCAUAAUGAAUCAAUGUUUUCUCUAAAUGUAUACUUUUAUCAGAGUUGUACAAUAAAUAAAAAGCAUCAGAAUCUA